AUGGAGAAGUAUUUGGUAUACCGACUUCUCGUUUAUCGCUACUCGUUGCUUGGUCCGUGGAACGCUAUCUCCUUACUUGUUCCGACCCUCCUCUUAGGCGUAAACGUCUUCUGCCUGAUUUUCCGACCGUCUACCCGUCUCUCCCGCUCCGGAAACCUGGCUCUCCUUAACAUGCUUCCCCUGUUCUCUGGACCCUGCCUGGACUUUACCGUAGAUAUACUCGCCGUACCUUAUCGAUAUUAUGCGGUGUUCUACAGGUGGCAGGGUCGCGUUGCGACAAUGCUUCUCGUAGGCCACAUUAUUAGCGCCAUGGAAGACGACAAGUUCUCGGGCUCCAUCGCCAUGGUGGCAGCGGCAAUAAUGACCUUUCUCCCCUUGUUCCGACGCCGUAUCUACGAGCUGUGUCUGAGAACCCACCAAGCGCUCUCUUGCCUGGCAGCGGUGGGGCUCGCGUUCCAUCUGCAGUCGAUGACCGAUCGUUCCUGGCUAUGGCUGUACGUCUAUCUUGCCGUGACGGCGCUGACGACCUUUUCACAAGUGGGCCUGAUGGCAUUUCGUAACAAGAUGAUGGGACGAACGUUUGGCAGAGCCUACAUCAAUCACGAUGCCGGGGCCGUGCGCGUCUCGAUUCAGCUGCCGAGGCCACUUGCGUUCGAGGCGGGCCAGUAUCUGCUGUUGUGGAUGCCGAGGGUCCGCCUGUUGGAGAGCCACCCCUUCGUCGUGACCUCGUGGGCCGAGGCGGAACAGGGCAUCGUCGACCUCUUUAUCGAACCGCGAAGAGGAUUCAUAUCUAGCCUUGUUCGGUAUUCUCAUGAGUAUGCCGUGCCACGACUGGCCUUUCUUUCCGGCCCGCACGGAGUAAGCGUGCCGGUGUGGGAUUAUGAGGCGGUGCUUAUGGUGGCCACGGGCUACGGAAUCGUAGCUCAGGCCCCGUACCUGAAGAAGCUGGUUUAUGGAUAUAACUACAGUAGAGGUCGUACGCGGCAGAUCUAUCUUAUCUGGCAGGUAGCCAAUCUUGAUAUCGUGCACGCGGCUGAGUCCAUCCUGAAUUCCAUACUGAAUGACGAUACGCUAGACAACGGCUACGUAUGUGCAUCGUAG